AUUUUAAAAUCAAUUAAUUGACUCCUCAAGCUUUAAAAAAAAUCAAUUAAGGAUUUUAACUGAUAAGUAAUCAGUCUUCCGGUUGAUUGCAUAUGUGUCUAUCCACGUGGAUUUUUUAAUGUUUUCUAUUUCUUUUAUAAUAACUCCAUUUUAUGUCUAUCUUCCUCACUCACGGACGGUGCCCUGUUCUCGCCAAACUGCUCUCUUCUUCCAAUUCUUCCUCCAAGGCCCGCCGGAGUUGACAGAGAACUAUGCGAGAUUAAAAAAAGGGGUGGUGAAUCUCGGCACUAUGCCACCAUGCCAAUAUCUGUUGCACUACAUAUGUAUUUUAAUGGAUUUUCACUCUGAUGGAUUUUGAAAAGACGGUUAUUUUGUCUUAUUUUAACUUCCUCCUCUUUUUCUUGCCCUAGCAAUCAAAUAAAUCCACAAUAUUUUAUAAGAUUAUAUAUAAAUAUCAUCUCAAUUUGGUCAUGGGUUUUUGCAAUCAAAGAUGUUGUAUUUCGUAUAUAUAGGGGCCCCUAUAUAUAUACAUACAUAUAUAUAUAUAGGAAUAUUCCUGUCUGGAAUUUCCGGACAGGAGGGCCGUCCGGCCUCCUCCAUUUGGGAGCCUUGCCGGUGAUAUUUUUUUCUCAAAUUGUUUUUGUAGGUUCCUCAUCACGUCUAGUUCAUCCAUACCAAAUUUAAGCCAAAAAUUCAAUAGGGAAGGUCGUCAAAUUAUUUUUUCAAGUUAACUGGUCCGGAAAAUACAUAUUCCGGACCAGUUAACUUGCAAAAAUCAUUUGACGACCUUCCCGAUUGAAUUUUUAGCUGAAAUUUGGUAUGGAUGAACUAGACUUGAUGAGGAACCUACACAAAAAAUUUGAGCAAACAAUAUCACCGGAAAGGCCCCCAAAUAGAGGAGGCCGGACGGCGCUUUGGUCAGGAAUUUCCUGACCGGAAGAUUACUCUAUAUAUAUAUAAUCAUCGACCGGUUAGAUUUGGGGGAGAUGGCGAUGGUGGUCCCAACGAAACGACUGUUGCUCUAAUUGAAGGAGAUGGCUGCUCCUCUAAUUGAGGGAGAUGGCCGCUACUGGAAGAUGGCGAAGGCGUGGCCGGUCACAGAGAUCGAGCUGCUACUCUACUUAGGGGAGAUGACCGCCGAUUUAAUUAAGGGAGCCGACGAUGGGGAUGACAUAUCUGGCAGCUGAGACCUAUCUUAUAAGGAUUUGUAUUUAAAGAAACAUAAAAAUUGACAUGUAGGAUAGCCACAUAAACAGGUGACUGGAAAAACUUAUUGAUUGAUUUUAAAGUAGGAGGACAUAAUUGACUUUUUGAAUUUGAAUAUAAUACAAGGAGUUAUUUGACAGUUUUCCCUAAGAAACAAAGAAAGAAAAGGAAGGAAGGAAGGAAGGAAGGAAGGAAGGAAGGAAGGAAGGAAGGAAGGAAGGAAGGAAGGAAGGAAGGAAGGAAGGAAGGAAGGAAGGAAGGAAGGAAGGAAGGAAGGAAGGAAGGAAGGAAGGAAGGAAGGAAGGAAGGAAGGAAGGAAGGAAGGAAGGAAGAAAGAAAGAAAGAAAGAAAGAAAGAAAGAAAGAAAGAAAGAAAAUAAAAAAAUAAGUCAUAUCAAAUGCUACCACCGGCUACCAUCGAAGUUUCCCUAAGAAUAAGGAGAUUGGUGUCAAUUUUAAAAAUUUAUAUGUAUUCAUGAAUUUAAUUGGGUGCUGAUAUUUGAGUUGAUAGUAUUAAUUGACUUUUUCAUAAUAAUAAUAAUAUUAAUAAUAAUAAUAUUUAUUUAACAUUUUUUUACGCUGGAUAUAAAUUAGUGAUCACUUUUGGAAACGGAGCGAGAGCGUAACUCUCUUAACCUUCGUUCUUCCUAGGGCGUUCCGCUGCUAGGGCUGUUUUUGAUUUCCGCCGCUAGGGCUGGUUUUGAGUUCCGAUCUCGGCUUCGGCUGGGAUCGAGUUUUGGGCAGGGCUUUUAGUUUAAUCAAGAGGUCAUCUCUUGGGUUGGCUUGUGGGGAUCAAAAGGUCGGCGAAGAACAGGAACCAAAAUGGUCUCGGCUGGGACUCAGGCGAAUGGACGGAUCAAGAUUGAAGACCAAAGAUCGUUCAUGGUGGAGAUCAAAAAGUCAUGGACGAAGUGUGGGGCUAAGGGCUGGAUCAGAUCUGGAUCGGAGGCAAGGAGCGGAAGAUGAUUCAGUAUUGUUGGACUGUCCCCCUCCUGAGCCGCCGCCAUGGAGUGUAGGAGAGUCUAGGGUUUGGAGGCAGUAUUUUAAUUUUAUUAUUUGCUUGCUUUUUAAUUUCCAUGGUCAGACUGUUCUGUUUUACUUUUAUUGUUUCCUUUGCUGUAAGACUCUUGCAUUAAGGUGGGGGGAGAAAGAAUCUGCGGUAACCGUCAUUAGCUCUAAAUUGCCCAAUUUUGGUCUAGCGAGUUAUACUGCUUUUUUACAGGUGGUUAGCUCUCAGUCUCGGCCACGACCGGAUGGUUAUUUGUGGUUUUUUUCUAGUUCUAUACCCUUGCUGAAUGCUAUUUUUAUGAAUUAAGUCUUCUUCGAG